AUGGGAACCUUCAUUGGUCAUGUGUACCCAGGGCUGUUUCUCUUUUUGUACGGACUGUACCAGGCAGUAGUGGUCUCCAAAGCUGUGCUUGUCAGUGACUCUCUCCCCAAUUCUUCCUGUCCUCCCAGGAGUAAGGGGAGAUGGGCCAGGCUGUGGGACAUAUCCUACAGAGGUUUGCUGAAGACGGUGACUGGCUGCCUCUUGAUAGCGUAUGAGAUCAGCAGCACUAAAGGCAGGCUGACGCUGAUGAACAGAGAGCUGCCACCGAGGUUUAUGUUCCCCAAAGAGUGGCAGCACCUCACCAUGUUCAUCCUCCUCAGCCUCAGUGGCUGUGCAGAUGUCACGAGCAAGAACCUGCUGCCUUGGAGGUGUGUGUUCCUAGAAAGAGGUGCCCUGGUGCUGGCCUUCUAUGUGCUCCUGAUGCUGUUGGUGUCACACGUUCGAGACUCAACAGGGGUGGAGCUGCAGGUGCACUGUCUACUCAUCUUGGUGGUGUUCCUGCUGAUGCUGGUGUUGACUGUGGAGCUGUGGGCUCCCAACGCGUUUCCCCUCCCACUGAUCGAGACCUUUCUGUUUCUGAUGAUGGGCUCCUGGCUGGUGCAGGCUGGCUUUAUUCUGUACAGACCAGUCACUGGCUAUCCAUGGGACGAUGAUGACAUCAGUGACAUCAUGUUUGUCACCACCUUCUUCUGCUGGCACAUGAUGACCAACACUUUGUGCCUGUUGGGAAUCUGUGGCAUCUCUUCCUUUUGGCACCGUCGUUGCAGUCCCAGCUCGAAGCUGACCAGGUCCAAAUUAGCGCCACACUGCAGGAGCACUGAAGGACCCGCCUACACAUUGCUGCCAGAAGUGGAGCACUCAGAGAAGGAUGACCAGGCUCAGGCUCACCUCCUCCCAGAGAGCUCACCCUGA